CUGUGGAAAAGUUUCAGCCGCCAUUCACUGGUUUCUGGAAUUCCGAAGCAUUCGUCUGAGCCACACGCACACCCAAAUGUUGAAGAGAGAGAGAGAGAGAGACUAGUUGAAGUUGAAAAUCAAAGACCCAUCUCCAAAACCCAACUUUUUAAACUUCAAAUCCACUCUUUUGCCUCCUCCACCAGAUCCUUAUUGCAAAAUUCAUACCAUUCCAAGAACUAAGAUUUAAGUAAUCAGAAGAAAGUAAUUUUGCUUUGCUAAAAGAUAGAGAAAGGAGUCUUUAUCUUCUUCAACAAAAAAUGCAGGAAGAAGAAGUAAACAGAUGCCAGAUUCAGGAAUGGUACCCAAAAUUUAAGUCAGUCUCUAUCAAAACCUUGAUUCAUGAACUUCCAGAAUCCUUUAUUAAGUAUCUUCUUGAUGAUUCUGGGCCCUUCCUUCUUCCUCUUUCCAUAUCAAAUGAAGAUGCCCUACCCAAUAGAGUCCAUAAACCUGAAGAGGAAGAAGAUUAUGUUGUAUCAGAAGGAUCUGGAGACGAAUCAGAACAACCUUCACCAGCACCUUCUUUCCCAGAACUUGAAUUGCAGAUCAAGAAAUCUAUUGAAUCCCUUGGGGGUGCUAUCUUUCCCAAGUUGAAUUGGAGUGCACCUAAAGACUCUGCUUGGAUCAGCUCAACUGGAAGCCUCAAGUGCACCUCUUUCAGUGAGAUCGCACUUUUGCUACGAUCGUCUGACUCUCUUGUCCAUGAUCUGUGUCAUGCAUAUGAUUCGUGCAACGACAAGAGUUCAUCAAGACCCUCAAGUUUCUUCCUAGCUCUUCGCAAGUGGUAUCCCUCUCUCCGUCCAGAGAUGGAAUUUCGUUGCUUUGUACAUUGUCAGCUCCUAGUUGGAAUUUCCCAACGUGAGGUCACUGGAUUUUAUCCUGCCCUUCUUGAGAGGAAAAAUGAGCUAGAAGUGGUGAUUCGGGAAUUUUUUACGGAUGAAGUGAGGAUGAAAUUUGAGUCUGAAAAUUACACGUUUGAUGUUUAUGUUAGAAAGGAUGGGCAGGUUAAGCUUCUGGAUUUUAACCCUUGGGGUGCAUUUACACUGCCACUGCUGUUUACAUGGGAGGAAUUGGAGCAAAAUUUUAAUGAAAAUGGUAAUACUUCGGAGUUUCGAAUAGUAGAGAGCCAGUGUGGAGUACGGCCCGGAUUAAAAACUGCAGUUCCUUACGAUUACUUAGACACCAGUCCAGGGAGUGGUUGGGAUCAAUUCCUGAGGAAUGCUGAUGAGGAGUUGCAACGCCAGAUUCAGUCCUCUGGCAAAGGUGAUUAAGGAUUUUGCUUUCCCCAUUUCUGAGCUCAUAACUGAGGUGGAGGAUUUCAAGCCUACGAGCUAUCUGUGUUGUCACGCCCAAGGAAAAUGGGUAUUCUAUUACCCAUCUUAAGAAGGAAGUGAUGUGAAUUUUCAAAACUCAGUGAUUUCAAUUUAGAAUGCAAAUAAAUUUAGUUGAUUCACUGAAAGCUUUACUGAAAGCACAAAUGAUAGUAGUGGACCUGAGUUCAAACUGGCUUCAGAGUGAGCCUUCCGUUGCAUUCAAUACUGUAAUGAGUUCAUUGUUUGUGACAUUCUGGUUGUUCUUGUUCGGA